UCCGGAAUGUGUUCAUCGAUUGGUUUUUCACAUCAGCCUGUCUUACGUAUACGUAGUUCACGCUAUGUUAAAAAUUGUUAUAGCAUUGAUAGACUAUCAUUCAUGAAGGACAUAAUUAUUGUGAUAAUAUUUUGUAUAACAAAAUUUUAAAUAACAAAAUUUUUUUCGAUUAUGUAAUUUAGUUCUUAUGUGAUUUGCAUAUUGUUGUACUAAUUCUUGGUUUAAGUAAAGUGCUUGAAAAUCCAUGAUGGCGCAUACUGAAAGAUUGCGCUAGUGCAUACCAAUAUAAGUGCCGCGCGUAUCUGUUUUUGUUUCGAUUCUUCAGAAAAUACUGAAUUCUCGUUAGAUUUGAUACAUUACGAUUUUCGAUACUGGAUUUAUGCAAGAUUUUUAGUGACAAUAAAAUUUUUGUGCAAUUUUAUAUCAUUAUCGUUUGUUCUAUAUCAUUUUUUAUGGUGGCCGUCAUCAUGCAAGCACAGCAGCAGCCACAGCAACAACAGCAGCAGAAUCAUCAACAAAUUGCAGGCACCAGUGUCAUUCUCAAGAUGAACGAGAUACAACAGCUUUCGACAGUUGGGUUAUUGGAACUUGCACAUAGAGAAUAUCAAGCAGGAGAUUACGAAAAUGCUGAAAGACAUUGUAUGCAACUUUGGAGGCAGGAAACAAAUAAUACUGGAGUUCUUCUAUUAUUGUCUUCUAUACACUUUCAAUGCAGAAGAUUAGAAAAAUCUGCUCAUUACAGCAGUUUAGCAAUUAAACAAAAUCCCUUAUUGGCAGAGGCUUAUAGCAAUCUUGGAAAUGUUUUCAAGGAACGUGGUCAGCUACAAGAAGCUUUGGAAAACUACAGACAUGCUGUUAGAUUGAAACCAGAUUUCAUUGAUGGUUACAUCAAUUUAGCAGCAGCAUUAGUAGCUGCAGGAGACAUGGAGCAAGCAGUUCAGGCAUAUGUGACUGCUCUACAAUACAACCCCGAUCUUUACUGUGUGAGGAGUGAUCUUGGUAAUCUUUUGAAAGCAUUAGCAAGACUUGAUGAAGCUAAGGCUUGCUAUCUAAAGGCUAUCGAAACGCGUCCAGACUUUGCGGUUGCAUGGAGCAAUCUUGGCUGUGUUUUCAAUGCACAAGGUGAGAUAUGGUUGGCGAUCCAUCAUUUUGAGAAGGCCGUAGCAUUGGACCCAAAUUUUUUGGAUGCUUACAUCAAUCUUGGCAAUGUCCUCAAGGAAGCCAGGAUUUUUGAUAGAGCUGUAGCUGCUUAUCUGCGUGCUUUGAAUCUUAGUCCUAACAAUGCAGUCGUACAUGGAAAUCUGGCAUGUGUUUAUUAUGAACAAGGGCUUAUUGAUUUGGCAAUUGAUACAUACCGUCGUGCUAUUGAACUACAACCAAAUUUCCCAGAUGCUUAUUGCAAUUUGGCAAAUGCGCUCAAGGAAAAAGGACAAGUGGUCGAGGCUGAGGAUUGUUAUAAUACAGCUCUUCGCCUCUGUCCCUCACAUGCCGAUUCCCUUAAUAAUCUGGCCAACAUAAAACGUGAACAAGGAUACAUCGAAGAAGCAACUCGAUUAUAUCUGAAAGCGCUUGAAGUAUUUCCCGAGUUUGCCGCAGCUCAUAGCAAUCUGGCUUCGGUAUUACAGCAACAAGGAAAAUUAAAUGAAGCAUUAAUGCAUUACAAGGAAGCUAUUCGUAUUCAGCCAACUUUCGCGGAUGCAUAUUCGAACAUGGGCAAUACAUUGAAAGAAAUGCAAGAUAUACAAGGAGCUCUUCAAUGCUAUACAAGAGCUAUUCAAAUUAAUCCUGCUUUCGCCGAUGCUCAUUCCAAUCUAGCUUCGAUUCAUAAGGAUUCCGGAAACAUUCCAGAGGCUAUUCAAUCAUACAGAACUGCGCUGAAGCUCAAACCUGAUUUUCCUGAUGCAUAUUGUAAUUUGGCGCAUUGCCUUCAAAUUGUUUGUGACUGGACUGAUUAUGAAGCACGAAUGAAAAAAUUAGUUUCAAUUGUUGCCGAACAACUUGACAAAAACAGAUUACCCAGUGUACACCCACACCAUUCUAUGCUUUAUCCAUUGUCUCAUGAAUUUAGGAAAGCCAUUGCUGCUAGACAUGCAAAUCUUUGCAUUGAGAAGAUUCAUGUUUUACACAAACAACCAUACAAAUAUCCACGUGAAAUUGGUGGCCGCUUAAGAAUUGGAUACGUAUCAUCAGAUUUUGGAAAUCAUCCUACUAGUCAUCUUAUGCAAUCAAUUCCGGGACUCCAUGAAAGACAAAAUGUUGAAAUUUUUUGUUACGCUCUCAGUGCUGAUGAUGGAACUACCUUCCGAGCGAAGAUUGCUAGAGAAACCGAACACUUCGUGGAUCUAUCGCAGAUUCCAUGCAAUGGAAAAGCAGCCGAUCGUAUUAACGCGGAUGGAAUACAUAUUUUAGUAAAUAUGAAUGGGUAUACGAAAGGAGCGAGGAAUGAAAUAUUUGCUUUGAGACCAGCACCGGUACAGGUGAUGUGGCUUGGAUAUCCGGGAACAUCGGGAGCUAGUUUUAUGGAUUAUUUAAUUACGGACGAAGUUACAUCACCAUUGGAACUUGCUAGUCAGUAUAGUGAGAAACUUGCUUACAUGCCACACACAUACUUUAUUGGAGAUCACAAACAAAUGUUUCCACAUUUAAAAGAACGUCUCAUUUUAACGGAUAAAUUGAAUAUGAAAGGCAAAGUAGCAGAUAAUGUAGCUGUGAUAAAUGCCACUGAUCUUUCUCCAAUGAUUGAAAAUACAUGUGUGAAAGAAAUACGCGAAGUUGUCGUGCCGGAUGCUAAAAACAAACCAGUAGAGAUUUCAUUGAAAGUUGCAGAAUUGCCAACUACUACUCCUAUUGAAACAAUGAUUGCUUCUGGACAAUGUCAAAUGUCUGUAAAUGGCGUUGUAGUUCAAAAUGGCAUGGCCACUACACAAGUAAACAACAAAACAGCAACAGGUGAAGAAGUGCCUCAAAAUAUUAUGAUUACUACAAGACAACAAUAUGGUUUGCCAGAAGAUGCAGUUGUUUAUUGCAAUUUUAAUCAAUUAUACAAAAUUGAUCCGCUCACACUUCAUAUGUGGGCGCAUAUUCUAAAACAUGUGCCAAACUCUGUGCUAUGGUUGUUGCGCUUUCCGGCCGUUGGUGAACCAAAUUUACAAGCAACAGCUCAACAAUUAGGUUUAGCUCCUGGUAGGAUUUUGUUUAGCAAUGUUGCUGCAAAAGAAGAACAUGUUAGAAGAGGACAAUUAGCCGAUGUAUGCUUAGAUACGCCUCUUUGUAAUGGUCAUACUACUAGCAUGGAUGUUCUGUGGACUGGAACUCCAGUAGUUACGCUACCAGGAGAAACUUUAGCAUCUCGUGUUGCUGCUAGUCAAUUGAAUACUUUGGGAUGUCCAGAAUUGAUCGCACGAACACGACAAGAAUAUCAAGAUAUUGCUAUUCGUUUAGGAACUGAUAGAGAAUAUUUAAAAGCAACACGAGCCAAAGUAUGGAAAGCAAGAUCCGAAAGUCCUUUAUUCAAUUGCAAAUUAUAUGCGAUGGGUAUGGAAAUGCUAUACAAAAAAAUGUGGGAACGUUAUGCCCGAGGUGAAAAACCAGAUCAUGUAUCAGCAGUAGAUAAAAAUGAAAGAGAAAAAUUAUUAGCAUCUGCAUCUUAAUGGUUUUCAAAUAUCUGAUUUUAUUUAUACAGCUUUAAUUUUACAUCUGUUUUUUUGGAAAUCUAGUAUUUAAAACAGAUGAUUGAUAAUCGAUUUCAUGAAAAUAUGAUUCUUAUAUAAAUUCCGUAUUCUGAUAUUUACUAUUUUAUAUAAUAAAUCAUCGAGCUUUAGAGUAACGUAAGAUAGCGUUACAUGCGAACGUUCAAUUUGACGUUUUAAUAUUAAAAUUAUGGAUUGUUACACUA